GCAUCUGUAUAAUUUCAAAUAUCCAAUUUCUUCCCUUUUUGGAUUCUUUUCCCUAAAACCCUAAUCAUCACUUCUGAAUUUGAAUUCGAUUUUUAAGAAAAGUUGUUGGGAUUUGGAUAUUUAGUUGAAGAAUGCCGCCAUUGGAGGAAGAAUUAUUUCCUUCAACUCCGGGGAAGAUUAAGAUCGAUCGUCUACAUCAUAACAUGAUGAAUCGGACGUUUCACCGGUGUUUCGCUUCCACCAGCACCAUGUUCCUCUGGGCGUUGUUUUUGAUUGCCUUAACAGCAUCGUAUUUGAGUUUUCAGGGCUUCGUCGCUUCCGGUAGCCGGUAUUUACAACACACGUCGUCGUGGAGUCAUGGCGGCAGCAUUGGUGGUCUCCACUGGGAGAAACAAAUCCGUUCCUCCGCCCAGAUCCGUCGUUCCAACGGCCUCUCUGUACUUGUCACCGGCGCCGCCGGAUUUGUCGGCACACACGUAUCCCUAGCUUUACAAAAACGCGGCGACGGCGUCGUCGGAAUCGAUAACUUCAACGACUAUUACGACCCGUCGUUGAAGAAAGCUCGACGGGCGAUGCUCGAAUCCCACCGUAUCUUCAUCGUCGAAGGUGACAUCAACGACCGGCGUCUUUUAGCAAAGCUCUUUGAUAUCGUCGCCUUUACUCACGUCAUGCACUUGGCUGCACAGGCGGGCGUACGAUACGCCAUGGAAAACCCGAAUUCGUAUAUCCACAGUAACAUAGCGGGUCUGGUAACACUACUUGAACAAUGCAAAUCAGCUGACCCGCAACCGGCCAUUGUUUGGGCCAGCUCCAGCUCCGUUUACGGGUUAAACGAUAAGGUACCAUUUUCCGAAGCGGAUCAAACCGACCAACCCGCCUCACUCUACGCCGCCACCAAGAAAGCGGGAGAAGAAAUCACACACACCUACAACCAUAUUUACGGGUUAUCCAUAACCGGGUUGAGAUUCUUCACGGUUUAUGGCCCAUGGGGCAGACCCGACAUGGCUUAUUUCUCUUUCACCCGGAAUAUUCUACAGGGUAAACCGAUAACUGUGUACCGGGGCAAAAAUCGGGUCGACUUGGCCCGAGACUUCACCUACAUCGAUGAUAUUGUGAAAGGAUGUGUGGCUUCGUUGGAUACAGCGGGUAAGAGUACCGGGUCGGGUGGUAAGAAAAAGGGACCCGCUCCGUACCGGAUUUAUAAUUUGGGUAAUACAUCGCCGGUGACUGUGCCGGCGUUGGUGAGUAUACUGGAGAAGAAUUUGAAGAUGAAGGCGAAGAAGAAUGUGAUGGAGAUGCCUGGAAACGGCGACGUUCCGUUUACGCAUGCGAAUAUAAGUUUGGCCCAAAGGGAGCUCGGGUAUAAACCGAGAACCGAUUUGUCAACCGGGUUGCGGAAGUUUGUUAGAUGGUAUCUAUCCUAUUACGGACAUAAUCAUGACAAGGGCAAUUCUGUAAAUUUAUAGUUCUUUUUUUUAGAAAUCUUUUUAUUUUAUUUUUUAAUUUAAAAAAAAGGAUACCAAAAGCAUAAUUCUUUGCUUGAAAUGGGGACGAGUUUAAAGAAAAUCUUGGUUCUCAUUUAUUUUCCUUUUUCUUGCUUUAUUAAUUUCCAAAAUUGUAAUUUACGAAAAAUAUAUCCCUUUUGGUUGUCAUGUACAUUUGAUUUUAC